ACCGAAUUGCAUCAGCAACGUCAACGUGACUUCAUGUACAGGAAUUGAGACCCAGUUAGUUAGGCUUACAUGAGACAUGGAUCAGUCAUAAGUACACCCACAGCAGAUUCAAUUGAACGCCAUCAUGGCCGAUAAUCACUCGCAGAAGAAAGAUGUGGAUGGCGAGAAUCUCACAGAAAACGAGAUGGGCAAUAACUCUGUCCACUCCAAACACCCGGAUGUAGACAGGGGAUGGGCGUGGCUAGUUGCGAUUGGAAUGGCGAUGUUUUAUUUCACCAUCGGUGGCUUUUUCCGCAGCUUUGGUGUCGUCUUCUCCGCUGUGCUGGAGCAGUUUGAUCAGACAGCAUCACUUACCUCCCUUGUUCCUGGUGUUCGAUCUGUCUGCCUUAUAGUCAUUGGUCCCGCAGCAACAAUACUCUCACAGCGCCUAACGGAGCGUGUCGUCAUCAUGGCAGGGGCGAUAACUGUCACAGCAGGAUUCGUCCUAUCCUACUUUGCCACGAGUUUACAAUUUCUUAUCUUCAGUAUAGGAAUGAUGCCUGGUAUGGGCACAUCAUUGAUUGUAGGACCCUCCAACGUAAUGAUGGGCCGAUACUUUAACCGGCGCCGCGCACGUGCCAUCACGGUUACCAGCAGUGUGGGGUGUCUGGGGCAGAUUGUUGUCCCUUUGAUCAUGGUCCAUCUGAUCGAGACUUACUCCGUCCAGGGGGCGCUGCUGAUCUUUGGGGGAAUUAUAUUGCACACUUUGUUGACCGGGCUGAUAAUGAAGCCCAUUAACCUUAGCUCCAUUACGUUAAACAAAAACGAAAGUGAAAUUGAAACUGACAAUUGCAAUUUGACUGGAAAAAUCAGUAAAGCAGACAGCAUUGAAAUUACCAAAAAAGAUGAAAGUAUAAAGAAACAUUUCAGUUCAUCCAAAGCAGAUGAUGAAGUGGAAAUGAAUGAGAGGGCUACAAACACGGAAGUGCUCUCUGUAAAUAUUGUAAAUGAAGGUAAAAAAGAAUUGCCUGAUGCUAUUAUCAUGACAGGUAAAACUGACGUUAGCCAGGUGAUAAACAAAGAUGGCGUGAAACCUUUAACAAUAAAGGAUUUGGAAGAAGUGUCCGAUGAAGCCGAUGUGGAAAUGGAGUGGAAGAAUGUUUCAAAAGCAAACACAAACGUUUUGGAGACAAAUAGCUAUGAACUUCAGCCGCUUACCCACAAGGACGAAAGUGCGCACGACAGCCAGGAUGUCUCACUGACCGUUGUUUCCACACGCUUAUCCAGACCAAGCUGCACCAAGACGGACAUGUUUUCAGGCCGUGGACUGAUCAAGGAUUUUUCGGGGAAGUAUGACGCCAUGUUUCCGUUGACGGGAGGCCUUCAGAUAUCCGCUGGUCUACUCCUCCUGCUCGAAUGCUUUCUUCGAAGACGAGCAAAAAAGAAGAGGAUGUCCAGCUAAGGGGAGCAACUGAGAACAAAUCAAAGACUGUACUGACGACAAACUCACUUUUUCAUAUGUUGGAUAUUUGAUAUACAUGUAGCUGAAAUAUGGUCUUCAUUUGUCAUGAUGCUAUUUUUCAGUUCAGUUUCCCGAUGUUUACGUCAUGAUGAGUUCUAGUAAAAUCUUACAUAUGUUGGACAUGUCAGUUACUGCAGAAAGAUUCCAAAAAUUUCAUCGCCCAUCUUUACAAUAUACAUUAAGU